CCCUUUUUUCUUGAGACUUUGGCAUUUCCUUUUGCAGAUUAUUCUCUUUCCGGCACAUCAUGGCGCCCCCCACACCUCUCUUAGCAGUCCGGGGAUCUGACGGCACAGUGCUGCUCCGUGGACCACCAAACUGCGAGAAGAAUGCAGAUUUUCAAAGGGACCCUCUGCAAAGUAAAUAUGUUGCUUUCAGCAAGGAUGGGACAUUGUUUGCAUGGUGCAAUGGAGAGAAGGUCACUGUUGUGAAGGUUGCAGAUGGCUCACAAGUCAGGUCAUUUGACCUUCCAAAGACUGCAAUGUUGGCGUUCUCUCCGCUGAACACUGUACUGGCUACAUGGCAGGUGUAUAGCAAGACACAAGAAAACCCACAGGGAGAUGCCAACUUGCAGCUGUGGGAUUUGCAAACUGGGACCUGCCUCAAGGCUCUCUACCAUAAGAAGGUACAAGGAUGGUGUCCAGGCUGGUCAGAUGACGAGAAGAUUGCGGUCAGGAGUGUUAACAAUGAACUUCAUUUUUUUGAGAACAACGAUUUUAGCACCAUUGCCAAUAAGCUUCACUUGCAGAAGGUGUCCGAGUUUGUGCUGUCCCCAGGAAGUCAGCCUAGUAAGGUGGCUGUUUAUGUCCCUGGGAGCAAAGGUGCCCCCUCGUUUGUCCGGCUAUACCAGUACCCCAACUUUGGUGGCCCGACCUGUGCUCUGGCCAACAAGAGUUUCUUUAAGGCUGACAGGGUGACCAUGCUGUGGAACAAAAAAGCCACUGCGGUUCUGGUGCAGGCCAGCAUAGAGGUGGAUAAAACAGGGGCCUCAUACUACGGAGAACAGACUUUACACUACUUGGCCACCAAUGGGGAGACUUCUGCGGUGCAGCUACAGAAGAACGGGCCCAUCUACGAUGUGGCAUGGAGCCCAAACUCCACAGAGUUCUGCGUGGUCUAUGGCUUCAUGCCCGCCAAGGCUACUGUCUACAACCUCAAGUGCGACCCUGUCUUCGACUUCGGCACGGGCCCCCGCAAUGCCGUCUACUACAGCCCCCAGGGCCACAUCCUGGUCUUGGCCGGCUUCGGGAACCUACGGGGCCAGAUGGAGGUGUGGGAUGUCAAGAAGUGGAAGCAGGUGUCCAAGCCCCAGGCGCCGGACUCCACCCACUUCGCCUGGUGCCCAGACGGUGAACACGUCGUCACGUCGACCUGCGCCCCCCGGCUACGUGUCAGCAACGGCUACAAGAUCUGGCACUACACAGGCACGGUUCUGUACAAGCAGGACACACCGACGGGCACAGAGCUCUGGGAGACUGUGUGGCAGCCCUUCCCAGACGGGACGUUCCCUGAGAGGCCGGUGAAGUACCAGGCAGCACCCAGCGAGCUGGGCAGCACAGAGUCCAAGCCAGCUCAGGCCUACCGCCCACCUGCCCUACGGAAUAAACCGGUCACAGCCAGCUCUAAACUACAUGAAGAGGAGCCUCCACAGAACAUGAGGCCUGGCGCCACCGGGGACAAGCAGCUGUCCAAGACUGCUCUGAAGAACCAGAAAAAACGAGAGGCAAAGAAAGCAGCCAAACAGGAGAUAAACCCAGAUGCCCUUGAGCCCCAGUCAGAUCCCUCUCCAGCCAGCAGUGCUCAGACUGAACUCUCCUGUGGCGACCCAGAGACUGACAAGAAGAUCAAGAACGUAAAGAAGAAACUGAAAGCUAUAGAUGAGUUGAAAGCACUGCAAGCAACUGGGAAACCCAUUCAAAAGAACCAGCUUGAAAAGAUGGAAAAGGAGGCUCAACUCAUGAAAGAGCUUGAGGAUCUUCAACUAGUAGUAUAAAAUAAAAUAUUUAAUUUGUUCAUGAAAACACAACAUCCUUGCCAUAUGAUCAAGAGCACACCCAAAGCUAUGUAUAAUGGACACCCCCUCAAUCUACACACAACACCCCAUAAUGACAAAGCUAAAACAGGUUUGACAUUUUUGUAAAUGUAUAUAAAAAAAAACACACAUUUACAUAAGUAUUCAGACCCUUUACUCAGUUCUUUGUUGAAGCACUUUUGGCAGCGACUACAGCCUUGAGUCUUCUUGGGUAUGAUGCUACAAGCUUGGCACACCUGUAUUUUAGCAGUUUCUUCGGUUCUUCUCUGCAAAUACUCUCAAGCUCUGUCCGUAUGAUGGGGAGCAUCUGCACAGCUAUUUUCAGGUCUUUCCAGAGAUGUUCGAUUCGGUUUAAGUCUGGGCUCUGGCUGGGCCACUCAACUCCUGCAUUGUCUUGCUUAAGGUUGUCCUGUUGAAGGUGAACCUUCGCCCCCAGUCUGAUGUCCUGAGCGCUCUGGAGUAGGUUUUCAUCAGGGAUCUCUUUGCUCAGUUCAUCUUUCCCUCGAUCCUGACUAAUCUCCCAGUCCCUGACGCUGAAAAACAUCCCCACAGCAUGAUGCCACCACCAUCCUUCACCGUAGGGAUGGUAUUGGCCAGGUGAUGAGCAGUGCCUGGUUUCCUCCAGAUGUGAUGCUUGGCAUUCAGGCAAAGAGUCUUGGUUUCAUCAGACCAGAGAAUCUAGUUUCUCAUGGUCUGAGAGUCCUUUAGGUGCCUUUUGGCAAACUGUCAUGUGCCUUUUGGCUUUGCUCAGUUUGGCCGGACGGCCAGCUCUUGGAAGAGUCUUGGGGGUUCCAAACUUCUUCCAUUUAAGAAUGAUGGAGGGGACUGUGUUCUUGGAGACAUUCAAUGCUGCAGACAUUUUUUUGGUACACUUCCCCAGAUCUGUGCCUUGACACAAUCCUGUAUCGGAGCUCUACAGACAAUUCCUUCGACCUCAUGGCUUGGUUUUUGCUCUAAUAUGCACUGUCAACUGUGUGACCUUUAUAUAGACAGGUGUGUGCCUUUCCAAAUCAUGUCCAAUCGUCUUUACCACAGGUGGACUUCAAUCAAGUUCUAGAAACAUCAAGGAUGAUCCAUGGAAACAGGAUGCACCUGAGCUCAAAAUCGAGUCAUGGCAAAGGGUCUGAAUACUUAUGCAAUUAAGAUAUUUGUUUUAUUUUGAUAAAUUUGCUCCAAUUUAAAAUAUCUGUUUUCUCUUUGUCAUUAUGGGGUAUUGUAUGUAGAUUGAGGGGGGAAAUUUAGAAUUUUAGAAUGAGGCUGUAACGUAACAAUGUGUAAACUGAAGGGGUCUGAGUACUUUCCGAAUGCACUGUAUGUACAGGUUAUUAAAUCCAUUGACGAUACCUAAUAAACACUUAAAGGUGUCAACAGCUAGAAAUGGUUGGUUUUUACUUUAAGUUGAAUGAACUCGUUUCAGUUAAUUGAGAUGUAAUAAGAACAUUUUGUUAAAUGUAUUCUUCUUCAUGGUUCCAAUAAACUGUUGCGAUUUUCA